GAGAGAGAGGAGAGAAGAGCAUUUCUCAAGUCCUGUACGGGGUUUGAGCUGAAAGUACUCUCUGCUGCUGCUGCCGGACUUUUAUCGAUACUGUCCGGCUCUCAAACCCGACAGAACCGCACGGUUUACGGUGUGUAAUCACGACACACACCCGCGGUGGUGGUUACUGUGGUUAUUGGCGGACAGAGGAAAGAAAAGCUGGAGAACUGACUUCAGAGGAGACGAGGAGAGAAGGAGAGGAGGAGAGCUGUUGGAGGGGAAACGAGGGCUCUGGAGUCGGAAGUGAUUUGUCUUUAUUCCUCCGGUCAGAAAUGUAACUUCGGUUCAGGAUUUCCACUAAGAAUAAUAGUCAAGUUCGGAGAGCGAAGACUAUAGUACAGCAGGAGUUUUCUGAGCACAAGAUUUCCAUAAAACAGCAUCCAAAUCCUCGGAGUAUGGGAAGAGUUGUUCGUGAACUGUAAAAUGUACCCGCUACAUCGAGAGAGGGAGCAGCCCAUCUUCAGUGCCAAAGCUCAUGUCUUCCAGAUUGACCCGGCCACCAAGCGCAACUGGCUGCCAGCCAGCAAACACGCCGUCGCCGUGUCCUUCUUUUACGAUGCCAGUCGCAGCGUGUACCGCAUCAUCAGUGUGGGCGGGACUAAAGCCAUCAUCAACAGCACCAUCACUCCCAACAUGACGUUCACCAAAACCUCGCAGAAGUUUGGCCAGUGGGCCGACAGCAGGGCCAACACCGUUUAUGGCCUGGGCUUCUCCACAGAGCAGCAGCUGCAGCAGUUCGCAGAGCAGUUUAAAGAGGUGAAAGAGGCGGCCCGUUUGGCCAGAGAGAAAUCCCAGGAGAGGUUUGAACUUGCCAACCCUGCACUCAGCAUUGCAGCUCCCCAGCUCUCCCAGGAGCUGUCAGAGGAGCGUCAUUCGCCACCGCUGCUGACGGUUAACGGUCCGGGCGAGGAGAAGCUGUUUCGAAGCAAGAGCGCUGAGGUGGAGCUGACAGUGGAGAAGGAGAGGGUGAAGAAGAUGUUGUCUGAAGGGUCCAUGUGUGAGAUAAACCUGGAGGCCGAGCUCUUCACACUGCAGGACAGUAACGCUAAGCUGGUGGAAGCGCUGCAGGAAGCAAACAGCAGCGUGGAGCAGUGGAAAAAACAGCUGGCCGAAUACCAGGAGGAGACCGACCGCCUCCGAGACCAGGUGGCAGAUCUGGAGGCCCAGCUGGGACAUCCUGCUGCUGGUCAGACUGCUAGAGAGGAGCUGAGUCGCUCACUGGAGGAGCUCGAGGCUCUGCUGAGUGCCAGAGAACAGGAAAUUCACAAUUUGCAGAGCAAGAAAGCAAAUGUGGGCAAGUUAGAGAAGGAGAGAGAGGAAGCCAUGCAGCAGCUCCAGGAUAUGGAGAGACGAAACACUGAGCUGGAGGAUCGAGUUCAGAGUGCGGAAAAUACACUGGCGUCCAGCCGGGAGGAGCGGGAGCAGGCGGAGGUCGAGGUCCAGCGUAUCAUCGAGGUGCUGGACGUCAAAAUCUGCGACCUGAAGGACCUGAGACAGAGCUUAGCAAAGCUCGUAGAUAAAUAGCGACAGCAGCAGCCGGGCUGCAUCUCCACAGUCAGAGCUCGUCUUCGUCGCGUGGCCUUCGUUUGUGUUUCACUGAUGGAGGAAUCAAAGCAGCGUGGAGGAAAAUGCUCAAGUGUUUACUCUCACGGAUUUGUUUUGUUAGUUUAAGAUCAGUGCAGAAUAAACACAAUUCACAUCAGCUGCAUGUCCUUCAGCCCAUCAAUCCAUGAUUUUAACCGACUACUCUGAAUGGUUGAAGGUGAUGGUUAAACAGCGCCCUCCUCCUUACUUUGGUGCCAUUGCAAUUAAGUGUAUUUGUCACAAUCUGGAGGCGGUGAAAGUCUUUUAUAUCUUAUCACAGAAGAUAUGUGGUGAUUUAUUAAAAUGAAUCGAGAAACCACUUUUAAAAGACAAUUUGCUGUUUUCCAAGAGGCAUCAAAGUAUUUUCUCUUAUUUUUUGAGUGAUUUGUCUACAUUUAACACUUUAGAGAUGAAGUUUAAAACAAUCAAAUACUAAGGGCCUGACACUGGUGCUCGGAUUUUCUGUGGAGCUCAAAUCCCAACUCAACGGUGUCUGUGCAAGAAACUAAGAGCAGGAAUUGCGUUAGGGAUUUUAGGGUAGAGGAAAGUUAAUGAGUAAUUAUUUUUUAUACCUAAACAACAAUAUUUUACCAUAACUCCAGACAUUUGUCUUUAGAAACCUGUUUCUGUCCCUAAAGUUCUAUUUUAAGCAGACGCCCCUUUUAGUAAAAGCUUGAGGCCCACACAUCACAUCGUAGUCCAGUAUGAAUACAGUGAGAAAAGUGAUAGCUGGAAAAGAAAAUAGUAUAUAGUUUUAUACCAAAAGUGAAUUUCUGGGCUGUAGAGACUGUGGAGAUGCACCCUGUAGGUGUUAGGUCGGGGCUUAAGACACAUAGACACAAAGACCCUGAUAAAAUCAGUUCCGUUCACCAUCAGCAGCCUCCCACCAGCCGGAACAUGCACACAGAGACGCAACAGCCUGCUCACAUUCUGUUUGUGAUGAUCGCCAGCCCACGGCCCUGUUUUGCUCAUGUACCAUGAGGACUUUAUUUUUUCUCACCACUUAAUUAUUCACAAUCUCUGAUCUGAGUUAAUCACGGGCAAGAAGGGACGUCAAAGGAGACACUGAAUUUAAGCAGCAGCUUGGUAGAUUUGUCCUCUCCUUCAGAAAAGGUCUGAGGCUUGUGGACAAAGUCGCUGCUUUUCUGACGUUCGGACGUUGAGAUGAACCUGAGAAUGCGCGUCUGUGCCAUGUUGUGUUUUGUUUACGUUGAUGUUAACAUGUUUUGUCUGUGUUCACUAAACCUAGUUUUACGUCAUGAACUAUGCUUUCAGGCAACACUACAAGAUAUUAUCCUAGUAAUAAUAAUAAUAACCCUCAGAGAAACUGUGGAGCAUAUAGAUCAUUAGGAGAGCACUGCAUGAGCCCUGCAGUGUGUGCGUGUGCGUGUGCGCGUGUGCGUGUGCGUGUGUGUGUUACCUCAGACUGCUUAAGUUACAAAAAAAGGAAGAAAAAAAGCACAACUGCAGUUUUAGCAAUUUGGUACAUAAUUGUCUCUCAAGCUUUGGAUGUGCAUUUCUGAUGCACACUAUUGAUCUUUGCAUCUCACCCACUGGUGGGUUAUGGAUUUCUUCUCAUGACAAUAGGUACAACUAAGGUGCAGCUGUUGAGGCCGCAGCUGUCUGCAUCAUAGUAACGUGUCAAAAUGUUAUUCAAAUGGGUCAUAAUGAAAUCUGUUGAUGAGUUAAUAUAGAAGCGUUAUUAUUACAGUAACCAGCAGUUAUUACUAAGGGUUGUUCCAUUUUCACAUGGUGGUGUGUUUGUUAGACACGUUUAAUAGUUUGGGUUUCUUGGCUUUAAGUUGAAAUGAUCAUCUCAGCUUUUUUCCAACAAUCAAUAUAGUUAUGAUACAACAUGAAUAUGAUAUAAUGGUACUGCACUAAUCACACUCACUCAGAGGUUUUAUUACCACUUCAGUCUAGUUUGACUUGCAUACAGCAUCAUCAUAGACCAGGUCAAUGGUUUUGUGUUUCUGGCGUUGUACAUCAGCAGCUACAUGCAACUGUCACCAUAUUAGCAAUAAAUUCUUUCUUUUCUUUUUAUAGCAUUGUUAGAAAAUAGAUCUUGGGAAAUUGUAAUAGCACAAAUACAUGACAUUAUUGGGUGUAUUACAAUUUUAGAAUAGGUAGUGAAUUACAUCUUAAAUAUUUUUGUGUUUGUGAGAAUUUGGGGGGGUCUUUGGUUACGUCAUUUUCUCCAUACUGAUUUAUGUCUUGCAGACAUUACAUUUCAGUAGAGCAAUUUUAUUUAUUUCCUACAAUAAAUAACAAACAGAAUUUGUUUUCAUUGUCAUCAUGUUCUGAAGGCUCAUUAACUGGAAUAAACUUAUUGGAGAACUUA